AUGGGGGAUGCUUCUUUACAGAAUUUCAUUACGAUAAAGUGCAUCUUGCGGUGCCUUGACAUGGCCUCAAGUCUCAAAGUUAACUUCCUCAAGAGUUGUUGUGUGGGCCUUUGUGUUCCUGAUGAGGAGAUUCGGAUGUUUGCCUCAAUACUAAAUUGCAAGGUCACAACACUACCUUUCUUGUACCUUGGCAUACCAAUUGGGGGCAAACCUAGACGUACAGCUCUUUGGAAGCCUAUACUAGAGAAGAUGAGGAGGAAGCUAUCCGCUUGGAAACAGAAGAUGCUUUCAGUGGAAGGAAGAGUAUGUCUCAUAAAUAAUGUCCUUACAGCGAUUCCUCUAUUCUUUGUCUCCUUCUUCCGUAUUCCAAAGGGGGUGUUGAAAGAAGUAAAGAGGAUUAUGAGGACCUUCUUGUGGGGCGGGUCAGAAUUGGAUCCUAAGAUCGCUUGGGUAAAGUAG